AUGAGAGAGAAGUUGAGUAUUGAUUCAUUAUUGUUAAGGCUUAAAUUUCUGUUGGUGGAGGGGGAUGAAAAAAUUUUGUUUGUAAUCGAAUGGUAUACGAAUACUUUUCAUGUUAGCAGUAAAUAUUUUUUUGUUUCAAAGGUUUCAGUUCUAAAAGUAGUCUUGCUGUGUGGCAGUGUUUCACUAAAGGAGUUGCAGAAUUGUGUGCUAAAUGAUACGUCAAACACGGUGAAAGCAGUAACUAACGAAGAUGUCUUGUUUGCCGUAAAAACAUAUCAUGCUAAUCAUAAGAAACGAAUCGUUAUCGUGAAACGAACGUGGGCAAAGAUGGCAAAAUUCGUGGAAUAUUUCAGCGAUAUGACUGAUCAGUAUGUGCCAACAAUUGAUUUGGGAGUGAAUAACACUGAACGGGGACAUUGUGAGAAGACGUUAUCGAUAUUGAAAUAUUUUUUGGGAAACGAUGAGAUGAGUGGUGUUCAAUGGUUAGCUGUUGUUGAUGACGAUACACUGAUCGGGGUUCCGAGGCUGUAUCGCCUUUUGUCAUGCUAUUCUCCGCUGAAAGAAAUGAUUAUUGGUGAGCGAUAUGGUUACGGGUUCAGCACAAACGGUAAAUAUGGCUAUGAAUAUCCGACUGGAGGUGCUGGGAUGGUAUUUUCACGGCCAGCAGUACAACGUUUGAUUGGUGGAUGCCGUUGCCCGAGUUUAGACUCUCCGGACGAUAUGAUAAUUGGGAUGUGUGCGAGACGUUUGCAAAUCCCAAUCAUACAUUCAGCAGCCUUUCAUCAAGCACGUUCCAUCGACUAUUCGCCUGUUUACAUUCAAAGAAUAUCUCCAAUAUCAUUCCAUAAAUUCGAAGAAAUCGACCCAUACGAGGACUAUAUGCAAUUACUACACGAACGAGGCACAAUACCGGCCAAUCGCCCGUCGUCACAUUCUGAACUUUAG